AUGGAGAGAGUUUUAAUUGAUUUUCAAGAAAUGUUCAGGAUAGUGGUUACAUAUCCUUGGUCCUUGAAUGUGGAGAAGUGGCUACAAAACUGUGAACAGAGCACACUGAAGGACAAAACGUUAGAGCACAUUGAAGGUUACAUAUCCUUCGUCCUGUGUAUUGCCGCUGGAGAAGUGGUGAAUGAGUUGGUAUGGUUCUCUGACGGCAAGAAGCAUGUCAGUGGAGGGCGCAAGUUUGCCGGUAGCGGCAGAUGGUGGAAGGCAGGAUGGCUGCUGCGAAGGGAUGCCCAACCUUAUGUGCCAGUUGGGCGUUAUCGGGUGCCAGCGAUCUUUCUUGAGCUGCGUCUUGACCCACAUUUACCUUGUUGGAUGCAGGUUCUUCUCAUGACCCUUCAAAAUGCACCACCAGGUCUUGACUAUGACCGCGAUAGAAAAUUCUCAAAGUCUUUGAAGGAAAUGGUUGCAAUGUGCUUGGUAAAAGAUCAAACUAAGCGGCCAACAGCUGAGAAGUUACUAAAGCAUUCGUUUUUCAAGAACACAAAGGCCCCACAGCUGACAGUUAAGAGCAUCUUAACCGAUUUGCCCCCUCUGUGGGAUCGUGUGAAGGCACUCCAGCAAAAAGAUGCAGCACACCUGGCUUCAUCUGAACAGGAAGCACUUUCCAUGAGUGAGUAUCAACGAGGUGUCAGCGCAUGGCACUUUGAUAUUGAGGAUCUCAAGGCUCAAGCAUUACUGAUUAAUGAUGACGAUCCACCUGAAUUGAAGGAAGAUGAUGACAGUGUCCGAAUAAAUGAAGUUGAUAAGGGCACAUCUUUUGAGAGUCAUUUUGGACAAUCAACGCUUCUGAAUGGAAAUAACCACAGGUUGAAUCAUGAACGAACUUGUACCACUGCAGUAAAUCCAGGUGGAAAUGGCCCUGAAACAAGUGAUGAAUUCGCUUCUGACCUUGGCAAUGCUGAUAGUCCAAGGAUGGUUGAUGGACACGUAAAGCAAGGAACAGAAAAUGAUUCAUUGUCCUCUACAUCGAAGCAAGGUUCUGAGGGUGGAAACCGCAGGAGUGAAGUUAGACAAAGACAAAGGACAUUCUCUGGUCCGGUUAUGUAUUCUGGUACCCGCAGUAGUUCACUGAUUGAAAGAGGUUAUAUUAUUGAUAAGGAUGCAGGAGUUCGAUCACCUAAUAAACAAAAGAGUGACACGGGAAGAAUCGAUGAUCUUAGUGGUCCGCUUUCACUUUCAACUCGUGCUUCUGCAAAUAGUCUGUCUGCCCCUAUUCGGUCUUCUGGAGGAUAUGUGGGCUCCUUGGGAGACAAACCUAGGGUGGAAAUAAAAGGCCGACUUUCCGUAACAUCUGAAAAUGUGGAUCUGGCGAAGGUUCAGGAAAUUCCAGUGGUCAAAAUUUCACCUAAACCACAGGAGGUAAGAACUCAGGUCUCUACAAUGAAAAGAUCAGCCAGUGUUGGUGCUUGGCCAGUGAAGGCUAAGUCAAUGUCUAAUAAUAGUCAUCAUCGGAAGGAAUUCCGUGACAGCUCAGUAUCUGCAUCAAUUCUGAUUCCCCAUCUUGAAAACCUUGUACAGCAGACCACAUUUCAGCAAGAUAUCAUCACGAACCUAAUGAGGAGUAACUUGCAACAGAAUGAGAAACCCAAUGGGCCGCACACUAGAGUUCAGACUAUGGAGGGUGAUACAGGGGUUGAAACGGGCAGUGCUGAGAGAGAACGGAAACUACUUGCAAAAGUAUUCGAAUUACAGUCAAGGAUGAUUUGUUUAACCGACGAGUUGAUUGCAUCAAAGCUGAAGCAUGUUGAGCUGCAAGAAGAGCUAAAUACACUCUACUGCCAAGAAGAAACAGGAGAGGAUGACGACAGCGGAGAGGCAUGAGACCUUUGAGUGGUGGUACAAGGAGGGAGUAUUCAGAAUAAUAUAAUAAUCUAGGUGCCCUGGGUCGUGCAUUGAGGCUUGGGCUUCCUGAACAAGGCAGGCAGGCGUUUUGUGGCGGAGUGUUGGUGAGAGGAAGCAAUAUAAUGUCUUGGAAACCCUAGAUGAUUCAGAAGCAUAGUGAGAGAGGCUGUUGGAGGCAUAGCAGGAGAAUAUGAAUAUACUACAUGCUGGUUGAUGGUCUGGUUGGAGGGAGUCAGUGAUUUUAUCUUGUUGCUAUCUACUAUCUCUGUGUGUGUGUGUCUGUACAUAGGAGUAUCUAUAUAUCAACAGUAGUAGUAGUUAGCAUCAUGUGUAGCUAGCUAGCUAGCUAGUAUGGGUAUGGUUUGGUU